AUGGAGUCAGAGGAUGAAUCUUCAAAGUUUGAUGUGUUUAUCAACUUCAGAGGCAAAGACACUCGCAAUAUCUUCGUUGGUCACCUUUACAGUGCUCUAAAGCGUAAUGGAAUCCGUGGUUUCAUCGACAGCAAAGAUCUACGCAAAGGAGAAGAUAUUGGUAAGCUUCUCAAUAUUAUAAAAGGCUCUAAACUCUCGAUUGCUGUCUUCUCUCAAACAUACAUAGAAAGCAGAUAUGGGUUUCUCAUAGAUGAUCAAUCAAAUAAAGUGGAGGAAAUUGUUAAAGAUGCUUUAAAGCGAUUGGAAAAAGUCCGUUUGAUUGAUGUUAAAAAUCCUGUUGGACUAAAAUCUCGCAUAGAAUCUGUAGUAUCUCGUUUAUCACAUACAUCAACUAUCAAUUCUAAGGAUAUUCAGUUUCUAGGGAUAUGUGGUGAGGGUGGCAUGGGGAAGACAACUAUUGCAGCGGCUGUAUACAAUCGCAUCUUUGAAGAUUUUAGCCAGAGUUGUUUUCUUGAAGACGUUAAAGAGAGAGCCUCACAACCCAACGGUAUAGCUGGUUUGCAAAAAGAUCUUCUUUCCGAUGUCUCUCAGGUGGAAACAGCAAUAUCCAAUUCUAAAAGAGGAUCCCAAUUGAUAAAAGAAAGACUUCAAAAUAUGAAAAUUCUUCUCGUUCUUGAUGACGUGGGAAAUCGUGACCAAUUAGAUGCAUUGGCUCGUGAUCUCAGUUGGUUUGGUGUUGGAAGUAGGAUAAUCAUAACAGCUAGAGAUUAG